UAGCUUUUGUCCCUCCAACAUGGAAGACACUGCUAGUGGUGUGCUAGUCUUGCAACUCAGGGUACAAGCUUGAUCAGAUGUGAUUCCCUUGACUCCUAACUAAUCAAUGGUGGGUUGGGCAUCCGCAUGCCGACGUAACCAUGGCGAUUUGUCUCUUUAUUCACCCGGUCCCCGGACCUGAUCGCACCCGUAAACCUUUCUUCCUCACCUCCCGUCGGCAUCCUCACUCUUCCAAUCUCCCACCUUUUUAUUAGUCGUACCUUCCAAAUCGGUACCACUCACUGAUUUCUGCCCUAUCACAUCCUGCCCUUUAAAACCGGAGGACAGCACCAUACCACCCUUCUCUGCGACACCUGCCUCGGUGGUCCGCACUGCGAGAGCGCAACCCAAGGGGUCGGGACACCCAACCUCACCUUCCAUCAGUCUCUCCAGGCGCAAACCAAUAACUCAAAAUGUCACGCACAACGAGCCUCGCCCCAGUGGCCCUCAUACUCGUCGCCGGAUCCCUCGUCCUCCUCUGGUUCGUCAUCCUCUCAGGCGUCACCCACACCUCGCCGCUCCGCCAAACCUACUUCCUCCGCGCCGACACAUCCGGCAUCGAAGGCGCCCGCUCCAUCUCAGAAUGGACCUUCUUCAAGGUCUGCGGCGACGGCCACACCGACUGCGGCCCCUCGCGCCCGGGUCUUCCCCUAGGCGAUGCCUGGGCCAGCAACGCCCGCAACGCCCCGUCUGACCUGAUCGGCGGCUACGGAAACGGCACAACCAGCUUCUACUACUGGUACAUGUGGCGCUUCGGAUGGGUCUUCUUCCUCAUCGCCCUGUUCUUCGAGGUGCUGGCCUUCUUCGCGGGCUUCCUCGCGCUGUGCAGCAGACUGGGCUCGGCCUUGACGGGGCUGAUCUCGCUCGUCGCGCUCUUCUUCCUGACCAUCGCCGUCUCCCUGAUGACCGCCACCUUCGUCAAGAUGCGCGACGUCUUCAUCCGCGAGGGCCGCCAGGCCUCGCUCGGCAGGUACGGCUUCGGUUUCAGCUGGGGCGCCUGGGUGCUGUUGCUCAUCAGCACCGUGCUCUUCUUCUUGGCCCGCCACAAGCGCAGGGACACCACGACUGCCGCCGUCGCGUCGGCCCCCGGAACGGCCGCGGGCCGCACCUGGCCCUGGCAGAAGCGCGCCGCCGGUGAUGGGCGCAGGGUUAAGGAGGACUACGCCUGAGUGGGCUCGGUUGAUGCCAGAUGGCCGGUGGUAGGGGGCCAGGUGGAGUGAGUGAGUGGAGUGGUGGACUACGUGGAGGAUGGAUGAAUAAAGGGUGAUGUGAUAUGAGAUGACGGAGCGGGAGUGAUGGCCAGAUUGCAACCAACUUGCGCGCAAGCUAUCCUCGCUAUUUACGAUACCGGCGGCAUUCAGCCUGCUACUUGCAUGGAGGACUUACAGCCUCCUCAUAAUUUUAUUCAAGCUACA